ACGGAACAUAUCUGGCGCAUGCGCAAUUCGGUCUUGUAAGCCGUGUAGGAUUUGGUGUUCUCUUGCCAAUAUGUGGCUUUCCAGCAUCAAAAAAUCCUCUCUUUUGAACCCUUCCAAGGUCGCAGGGCUCGCUAGUACAGCGCUAAGGGCGACAUGUAGUAGGAAUUUUCACUUCAAAGUUGAGGGCAGACAAGGGCCAGACAAAACUUCAAAAACAGAGCUUGCGCGUGAGUACCCUGUAGUUGACCACACCUACGAUGCAGUGGUUGUGGGUGCAGGGGGAGCUGGCCUGCGCGCAGCGUUUGGACUGUCACAGGAAGGCUUCAAAACAGCAUGCAUCACCAAGCUCUUCCCCACAAGAUCACACACCGUUGCUGCACAGGGAGGAAUCAAUGCAGCAUUAGGAAAUAUGGAACCUGAUGACUGGAGAUGGCACAUGUAUGACACCGUCAAGGGCAGUGAUUGGUUGGGGGACCAAGAUGCUAUUCACUACAUGACGGAGGAGGCACCUAAAGCUGUCAUUGAGCUUGAGAACUAUGGAAUGCCCUUCAGCAGAACAGAGGAAGGCAAAAUCUACCAGAGGGCAUUUGGUGGACAAAGCUAUGACUACGGCAAGGGGGGGCAGGCUCACAGGUGCUGUGCAGUCGCCGACCGUACGGGACACUCACUCCUUCACACCCUUUAUGGACAGUCUCUGCGGUAUGACUGUGAGUACUUUGUGGAAUACUUUGCCCUGGAUCUUCUCAUGGACAAGGGCAAGUGUGUUGGUGUCAUUGCCCUCUGCCUGGAAGAUGGUUCUCUGCACCGAUUCAGAGCCAAGAACACUGUCCUAGCCACUGGUGGGUAUGGGCGUGCCUACUUCUCCUGCACCUCUGCACAUACGUGCACUGGUGACGGCACUGCUAUGGUGACGAGGGCAGGCCUUCCCAAUGAGGACAUGGAGUUUGUUCAGUUCCAUCCAACAGGUAUCUAUGGUGCUGGUUGCCUGAUCACAGAGGGCUCACGUGGUGAGGGGGGGUACCUUAUCAAUAGUGAGGGUGAGCGAUUCAUGGAGAGAUAUGCCCCCACUGCCAAAGAUCUUGCCUCCAGGGAUGUUGUCUCUCGCUCCAUGACCAUCGAGAUCCGUGAAGGGCGUGGCGUUGGCCCAAUGAAGGACCAUGUCUACCUACAGCUUUCACAUCUUCCUGCUGAAACUCUGAAGACACGUCUUCCUGGUAUCUCAGAGACGGCCAUGAUCUUUGCUGGUGUUGAUGUCACGAGGGAUCCUAUCCCUGUGCUGCCCACUGUUCAUUACAACAUGGGUGGCGUUCCUACGAACUUCAAGGGACAGGUAUUGACCCUGAAGAAUGGUGAGGAUGAGAUAGUUGAUGGAUUAUGGGCGGCGGGGGAGUCAGCUUGUGCAUCCGUUCAUGGUGCAAACAGACUGGGUGCUAACUCUCUCCUGGAUCUGGUUGUGUUUGGUCGCGCAUGCGCUAACUUCAUCGCCAAGGAGAACAAACCAGGAGAGACCCUUCCCGACCUGCCACCAAGUGCUGGUGAAGCGUCUGUAGCAAAUCUUGAUGCAGUUCGUUAUGCAAAUGGUAGCACACCCACAGCAGAGCUAAGGACAGACAUGCAGAGGACCAUGCAGAACCAUGCAGCAGUGUUCCGUACUGGCCCUGUGCUCGAAGAGGGAUGCAAGAAGAUGGAUGAGCUCUAUCAGAAACUCAAAGAUCUGAAGCUAUAUGAUCGCAGCAUGGUGUGGAACUCAGACUUGGUGGAGUCUCUUGAGCUGCAGAAUCUCAUGCUGAACGCCUUGAUGACGAUUAAGAGCGCUGAGGCACGCAAGGAGAGCAGGGGUGCACACGCCAGAGAGGACUACAAGGACCGCAUUGAUGAGUUCGACUACUCCAAGCCACUGGAUGGGCAGAUAAAGAAACCGUUUGAUAAGCACUGGAGAAAGCACACCUUGGCCUGGGUGGAUGAAACCACUGGAAAGACAACACUGGACUACAGAGGCGUGAUUGACGAGACUUUGGACCAGAAGGACUGCAAGACCGUUCCCCCGGCCGUGCGCUCUUACUAGAGUAACGAGGGACAGAGAGACCUUGGACAAAAAGAUGAUUUUGAAUAGCUAAACCCAAGGGCUCCCUUUGGAACCGACCUUGACUUGCAGACUCCCUGUGGAUUCCUCAUUAGCUAGAACCAUAGGCUUGCAGUGGUGCUUCGCCUCCAUUGUUCCAAGAUAUGUUUGGUUGUUUGUUGAGUAAGGAUGUCGAUGUUUUUAUGGUUGUUCUUCUCAAUUUCCUGGGGAGCCUGUGGUUACACCAUCACGGCAUGAUGAAAUAGUACAGAAGUACUUUCAAGUUUAAGUAGAUGAAAUCGCUCAAUCAUAGGUCGUGUAAAAAGAACAAUUAAUUUAAUAUUUUCCAACCGCGUUUUUAAUUGACUUGUAAUGAUAUAUUGUCAUUAACGUGAGACUAUUCAGUUCUUAAUUAAAAUCAUUUUGUACCAAGCUUUUUCCAGGCAAUUCAGCUCCGUUUGUACUUGAGAAGGAGGGCAAGGAGAUCCAUGACUGGGCGACAAUACAUCUUGUGACAGUAUUGUGAGGUGCACUUAUUAAUUUCUGUUGUAUAAAAAGAUAACUUUAUUAAAGGUAACUCCAUAUUA